GACACACGCACAAAGCUGCAGUAGUCGCGGCGAGCAUUGAACACCCCCUCACUCACUCGCUCACUCCCAUCAUGGCUCUGCCUCUAUCCACCUCGAGCUUAAAGCCUAGCACGAGCCACGACUUGCCUCGCCGAGUGAGUGUGAGUGAGCUCUUGCUGUGGUAAGUAGCGCUCGCUUCGUGCUGUGGUUGGUGGCGGUUGGGGUUGUAGGCCGGAGAGAGAGAUGAUGCUGGGAGGGCACGGCGGCGGCGGCGGGAGGUGCCUGUUCACGGCGUCGCAGUGGCGGGAGCUGGAGCACCAGGCGCUCAUCUACAAGUACAUGGCCGCCGGCUCGCAGGUGCCCCACGAGCUGGUCCUCCCGCUCCGCCACCGCGACGCCGCCGCCUUCGCCGCCAUCGACACCGCCCCCUCCCUCGCCUGCUACCCUCCUCCGCAGCCCUCCCUGGGGUGGGGGCUCUACGGGGCGGGGGCGCAGUACGCGCGGAAGCCGGAGGACCCGGAGCCCGGGCGGUGCCGGCGGACGGACGGCAAGAAGUGGCGCUGCUCCAGGGAGGCGUACGGGGAGUCCAAGUACUGCGACAGGCACAUGCACCGCGGCAAGAACCGUUCAAGAAAGCCUGUGGAACCGAUGAGCUCCUCCUCCUCCGUCUCCUCCCCGGCCGCCUCCUACCGCCAGACCACCCUCUCCAUGUCGCCCCCCACGCCGGCCGACACGCCCAGCUACGGCCACGGCCACCUCCGCGCAGCUGCUUCUCAGAGCCAGAUAAACCCUCUCCAGCUCCACCUCGACACCCCGUCGCCCCCGCCGUCCUACCACAGGUACGCGCCGGCGCAGCAGUACGGGGGCUCCUUCUUCCCGAGCAGGCAGCAGGUGCAGGAGGAGGCCGAGGCGGAGGCGAGGCGGCGGCAGCACUUCCUGGCUCUCGGCGCCGACCUGAGCCUGGACAAGCCGGACGCCACCACCGCGGCGUCCUCGACAACCGAGGAGAAGCCGCUGCGGCGCUUCUUCGACGAGUGGCCGCGCGACGGGAACGCCGUCGAGGGUCGGCCCUGGAAUAUGGGCCACCGGGACGAGACGCUGCUCUCCAUGUCCAUCCCCACGACGACGGCCUCGCACCCCGACCUCGCCGCCUACCGCCACCACAACGCAGAUGAAUAAUCAACCAACCGGCGGAUCCCGCUGCUGCAAGAACGCUGCUUCUCCAGUCCAGUCCAGUCCAAUCCAGUCCUUCUGCGCUCCGUCAGAGGAAACGAAGUGAUCGACGAAAACCUAGUGCUAGUACCUGGUGUGAUAUUGUAUCCGGUCGAUGUUAGGGCCGUUUGUUUCCGUGCAAUUUUUCCGUUUGAGCGUCCAGAGCAACCCGACUUCAUCCGUGCUCCGUCCAUGUGAGCUCAAGGUCUAGUCUAGACUCUAGAGUGUAAUAGGAGUACUGGUGCUACUGUAGUCAGGGCACUGGCGCCUUUUUAUUUCGUUA